AUGAGCCAACCAUUAUCUCAUUAAUAAUACAGAGAUUUAAAUUCCAGCACCCAAAGCUCUGAAGGUGAAGAUUAUGUUCCAAAAAGAAUUGUUUCUAAAUCAAAUACAAGGAAAAUCCACAAAAUACCUAUCGAACAAUAGAAACAGCUAUUUAGAUAGGUAUUCUAAGAAGGAAAAUAGAUAAAGGAGGUUGCCAAAACCUUAGAUCUCAAUUAUUCUAGUGCUAAAUCUCUCAUUCACUAUUACAAAAAUAACAAACGCUCAGUUCCAGUUGCUAUUCUUGAUGUACUCAAUACAAAAAAAACAACCGGAUAUAGGGUUUCUAAAACAAUACCCUAAAAUAAUAAGAAUCUAAAAAUAGAAGUAAGGGAAAAUAAUGAACUCAUUCGUUCUUAUUGCUUCUAUGAAGACUUAGCAUCCAUCAAUUGA